AUGAAUCUGUACGCAUUCAUAACACUCUCCAUCUUAAGUCUCUGCUGUUGCGAAGAAUGUCGCUUAAACACCCGACCACCAGAAAUGGGAAUAGAAAGGAACUUACGGAACAAGCUUACUAAAUGCUACGCCGAAAUAUUGAAGCCCCCGGUCAAUAAGGACUCAAACGCGGUAAUCGUCAAGAUGGACUAUUUACUAAUAUCCUUUAAUUUUGAUUCUAACGAAGAAAUACUCACGCUAUAUAGCUGGAACUAUUUUGACUGGCAAGAUGAUAGAUUGGCAUGGAAGCCUGAGGAUUACAAGGGUAUAAAAUGGACGGAAGUUGCGAGUUUCAACAUUUGGAGUCCGGGGCUGAAGUUGAUCAAUUCGGCUGAUGCGGAUGAUUUUGACUUCUUCUACACGAAAUGCGGGUUGAACAGCACAGGCCACGUUAGGUGCGGUAUCCAGGCAGAACACAAAGUCUUCUGCACUUCUGACUUAACCAACUGGCCUUAUGACACAAAGAGUUGCAUGCUUCAAUUUGACCAAUGGCGACCGCAGGAAACCAAAGUGUUCUUCAGCUUGAGCCAUAUCAAAUUUGAAUUGGAGGCGUCUCGAAAUGCUGGAUGGAAGACCGUUCGCACAAAAGUCUUCAAGAAUUUUUCAACUGGAAUACAGUCUGCCGUUAAAUUCCAUUUCAAAAGACUGGCAGAGGGCCUAGAAGCUAUUUUAGUGGUUCCAGCUUUUGUAUUAAGUGUGCUGACAGUGACGGCUCUCCUGUUGGACUAUAGAGACAUCAACCGAUUAGGGAUACUGUGCAUGACUUUGAUCAGCCAUUUCGUUUUCUCUAACGAAGUAUCCGAAAACGUUCCAAAACAUAGUGCAAAUACUCCUGUCAUAUUGUCCUUCAUUAGCUGUUCUACUGUUAUGACUGUACUUUGCUUUGUAUUGUCGUUUUGCUUUAGAUAUUUGGGAAAGAAGAAAACUCAACCACCUACGUGGAUUGCUUCUUAUAAUGAUUUUGUCUUGGAUGGGUAUUGCAAAUAUGGCGUAUUUACAAAAUGGGAGGUGACUCAGCAAGAUCCAGAAAUUAUACCGAAUGUAGAAUGGGUUAACUUUAUUAGUAUUGCUAAUAGCAGCAUCCUGUUUGUAGUGAUAGUUACUUAUAUUUACUUGCUUUCGGCUUAUAUUCCAAAGAAGCCAGACUUCACAUUCGUUUUCGAUUCUUAA